AUGUCCGAAGUAAGAAAUGUUAACGAUGAUAAUGAUGAUAACGAUGAUAUGGCUAGACAAGAAGCAUUUGAGAACAAAGUCACGGAAGUAGCGGAAGGGGUUAUGCAAGCCAAUCUCCCACGAUUGGCUCAAGAGGCAGAAUUUAGGGAGUUCAUCACUCCCUCGAAAUGUGAGACCCUUGAUGAACUCAUCAAUCUAGCGCGGGAUAGAGAAAUUGAAAUCAAGUGGCAAGAAGAACGUGGUGAAAAGAGACCAAAUGAAAAGGGUGCAAGUUCGAAUCCAUCUAAAAAGGGAAAGUUUCAAGAUCAAGGGAGGAAGGAAAAGUCGAAAGGUGGAAUUACUCCUUGCAAGACUUGUGGAAAAGUCCAUACUGGAGAGUGCAUGUUAGGCAAGAAGGGGUGCUACAAAUGUGGUAAGGAGGGACAUUCAUCUUAUCAAUGUCCGAAUAACCCGAAGACUUGCUUCAAUUGUUUCGAAAAGGGACACAUCAAAUCUGAAUGCCCAAAACUCCAGCAAGAGUCAAAAAAAGAAGAUAAGAAGCAAGAGGGUUCUAGGGCUAAAGGGAGGAUGUUCCAAAUUACAUCCGAAGAAGCCAAAUCUCACCCGAAUGUGGUCUCAGGUAUCUUUCUAUUAAACUCCAUACCGGUUUAUGUUUUGUUCGAUACUGGAGCCACUAUGUCAUUUAUUUCGAAUGAAAUUGUACAACAUCCUUCAUUUAAGAUUGAACGAAUGCCAAUGCCUCUAGAAGUAGAAAUAGCCGAUAGUAAGAUCUAUAUGUUACAUGAGAUUUGUAGAAAUUGA